GUGCAGGCAGGAGACUAGCCCGGAAAGGGAGGCGGAACCCAACUGGGUCAGGAGGGGGCCCCCGGGGUUCCGCAGGCGGACGCGGCUAACAGUGGCACUUCAGGAGGCAGCCAUGCCCAGCCCAGCCCCCAUGCUGCUCUUUAUCCUGCUCCUGGCAGGGAUGACUACUGCCUUCCGGAUCUGUGCCUUCAAUGCCCAGAGGUUGACAGUUGCCAAGGUGGCGAAGGUCCACAUCAUGGACACUAUGGUCAGGAUCUUGGCUCGGUGUGACAUCACGGUGUUGCAGGAGGUGGUGGACACCUCGGGUGAUGCCAUUCCUUUGCUUCUCAGGGACCUCAACAGGUUUGAUGACUCUGGCCCCUAUAACUCCCUGAGUAGCCCCCUGCUGGGACGCAGCACCUACAUGGAGAAGUAUGUGUAUGUGUACCGAUCACGCAAGACCCAGGUCCUGGAUUCCUAUGUCUACAAUGAUAAGACAGAUGUCUUUGCCCGAGAGCCGUUUGUGGCCCAGUUCAGUCUGCCCAGCAAGGUGCUCCCCAAGCUGGCCCUGGUGCCAUUGCACACAACCCCCAAGGAUGUGGGGCCUGAACUGGAUGCUCUGUAUUUUGUCUUCCUCAAUGUCUCCCAGCACUGGCAGAGUGAGGAUGUCAUACUGCUUGGGGAUUUCAAUGCAGACUGCUCAUCACUGUCCAAGAAGCGUCAAGGGGAGCUGUUGCUGAGAACCAAGCCAGGCUUCCACUGGGCGAUCCCUGAUGGGGAGGACACGACUGUGAGGGACAGCACUCAUUGUACCUAUGACCGAAUUGUGGUUCACGGAGAGCACUGCCAAGGUCUAGUGAAAUGGGCUGCUGCCUUCAGAUUUCCCCAAAGCUUCCAGUUGACUGAGGCUGAGGCUCUGAACAUCAGUGACCACUACCCUGUGGAGGUCGAGCUGAGUGGGUCACCAGCUUGGCCCUUGGCCUACAUCCCUCUGAACCUUGCUAUGCUGCUGCUGCUCAGCGGACUGGAUUUAAUACUGUGAGAACUUUGACUUCCUCACCUUGGGGACUGCACCUGUCUGGCCUCUCCAGCACCUUCUCCAUAGACCCAACAGCUGGAAUCCAACGUGCCUUUUUCUGGACUCCAUCAGAGCCAGGACCCAGCCCACUCCUGCCCUUCUUCUCACCUCCUUGGUGGGCACCUUACCUUCUGCUCCCUUCCCUUACCCCUUCUCCCAAUAUAUUUAUUCAUUUCUGCUCCUGUGACUUGGAGGGCAGGGAGGGAGGUGGCCCUGAGACCAGGUCCCUUCCCUCUCCUGGCCUUUGGGCCAUCCACGAGACUGGACUGACUGCAUGCAGGGGCAGGCCCAUGCCUCCCCGAGCUUUGCCCCAAGAACUCUGCAGGCUGCCAGACCUGCUGGGUCAGGUGUUGACUCGGGAAACCACAGGACCCAACCACAACCCCAGCUCCCAGACCCCCUCUUCAGCUCUGUUCCUUUCGGAGGAGAGGUCCUGGUCUGAGAGUUGCCCACCCCUCCUGGCCUCUGCUUCCCCACUGGGGAUUUGGUGGGGCCCCACGAUAUCCUCUGGGCAACUGAAAGCAUUGGGGGGCUCUCAGGGAUGCUUCCUGGCUGAAGUCCUCUGGACUGAAUAAACAAGGUCAUCAGGGCCUCAUGAAACUCAAUUCCUUUGUCCCUGUUCCCUCAGCUUGCUUAGUUCACUAGGAG